AUGAAAUAAUUUAUAACCUAUAUCAAUAUUCCUGAAGUGCGUGGAAAAAUUCCAAAAUGUCAAAUCUGUCAGAAAAGUUUCAGUUUCACAACGAGGGAACAUCAAUGCAAAAGGUAUGAAUAAAACAUUAUGCAGAUGUCUAAGAGCUGUAUGUGAGGGAUGCUCUCCAUUCAAGAUUAACCAUGUUAAAAAAGAUGGCAAAGAAUCCACAAAACCGCAUAGAAUGUGCAAAAUCUGUAAAGAGGUAUAUGGAAGUCUAAUUCAAGGAAUCAGAGCAAAUAAAGAAUUUUGUGGAGUCGAAUCAUAUUGCUUAUGGCGUUGACACCUUAUCGAAAUAAUGGCUGGGAGGUUCACUAAGUCAACAGGAAUAUAAGAAUGCUCGUGAGAGUGCUAAAAUAAGAUUCGAUAAAACAGAAAUAAGUGGUUUUGACAACAUCAACUAUUCUCUAAAAGAAUUUUAUUAUCUAGUGGGCAAAGACAAUACCAAACUGUAGAAUGUUUGUUUGACAUUCUGUUCCAAGAAUCCAGAAGUGCAAUUUUCAGCAGAAUUAGUAUGUUUGGCCAAUUUUCUAUUAUGUUUUUCAUCAGAAGCAUCCACUUAUCAAUUAUUAAGCAUAAUUUACAAAUAAAAGCCCCCUGAUGAAUGCAUCGUAAGCAUAUUAACUUACUGCGUAAAAGGCUAUGGUCUAGGGGAAGAUGAAAAGUCAUUGUUGAAAUAAUUCCUACAAAGUAGAUUGAAGAGAUAUUUAGUCACAUUCGCAAUCAACAUGUUCAAUUUUGAUACAACUCUAUUUCUAAUCACGCAACUAAUCAAAAAAUACGAUUCAUUCAUUAAAGGGUUGUCUGCAAUAUUUAUGUUGGCCAGCACUUUAUUGAAGAAUACCAAUCAUGAAGAUCUUGAAUUGUGGAUAUUAAGAAAUGUGAGAAGAAAAGAUGCAGAAAGUAAAUUAAACCUCAUGCAGAUGCCUGCCCCUAAACAGGAAGUCGAGAUUAGAGACACAUCCUAGUCAAUUAGAAGCGUUGCAUUUUCAAUGAUCGAAUAAUAAGAUCAAUCAUAAUAUAAUGAGAUGAAAGCUGAAAUAUCCAAUCUAAAAUUAUAACUUGCAUUGAAAGAGAAUGAAAUUGAAAGCUAUAAGUUUUAAUUACAACAAAUGCAAUCUCCUGAUGACUCAAAGAAAGACAAAUAUAUUCAAUAAAAAAAUGAUGAGAUCGCCAUUUUAUUGGCUAGAGUUGAUGCUUUGACCUUAGAAAACAAAUAGUUAUCCAAGAAAGAAUCUAAUUAUUCAAAUUAAAGUUCUAUAUAAGCAGAAUAAUAGAAGAUUAUCUAAGAAUAACAAUAACAAAUAGAACGCUUAAAGACGAAACUCAAAGAUACUACUUUUGAAAAUAGAGCAAUGUCAAUGUCAUUGGCUACUAGUGCUUAGAGUAUUAUGUCUGGCAAAGAAGUGCAGGAUUUAAAAUAAAAACAUGAAGACGAAAAACGAUAACUAUUAGAUUAAAUUCAAUCUUUAGAGCAGAAUAAAGCUCAACUUCAACGUAUUAUAGAUUCAUAAAAGUAACUGAACCAAAGAGUUGUUGAUUACAUCAGCUCUAUGACCAUCAAUACUAAUGUUAUAGAAUUGUCACUCAAACCUCCUUUGGAGAGAAGCACUAAAAAUGAUAAUGAAGAUUACAAGCUCCUUAUCGAUACUAAGAAUCAAUAAAAUCAAUUGUUGAAAUAAUUGCUUAUGACAAAUCAAUAGCAAAUUCAAGAGCUGAAUAAUAAGCUCAAAGAUAUUAAGCAAAUGAUUUAUUCAUCAUGA